GGUUCAAUAUUUGUUCUUGCCCCCUGUAAAGUCACUACAGACUGUAAAGCAGGUUGACAUUGAAGUCAUUUUUUUUUUCCUUUCUAAUAAACGUGAACAUCAUAAACCUGCAAUCAUGCCUAUGGCGGGUCUGUCAAUGGCUAGCUUGAAAAAGCACCCAUCUCUGAUUCCCCUUUUUGUGUGUGUUGGUGGAGGAAUGCUCUGGGCAGCAUACUAUACUCUUCGCUUGGCCACAAGAAACCCAGAUGUUAGCUGGAAAAAUAAAAGUGAAGAAAUGUCCAACACCAGAUGGCCAGUCAACCAGCAAUACAAAUUCUUCUCUCCUGUAGUUGACUACAAAACAUUGAAACACCCAGAGGAGCGACCAGAGUUAUAAAACCAGCAGUGCUUCAUGUUCUGUUGAUGUAUUUAUGCAGAAUUAUAUUUUGAUGUAACACAUGAAAACAAGUAACAACUAAUGUAUUUUUUCUCAAUAGUAAUGCUCAUUUUUUGUUCCCCCAAGGUUUAUUGUAAGAAAUACUCUUUACACUAGCUUAUUAUUUUUUAUGUAAAAGUUGUGUUUCUUUUGUGUUGAUGGAAAGUUUGAUAUUAAUUAGAUCUGGGCAUAUGAAUUGAAUCACAACUGGCUGUUUAGGCUUGUUGUCUGUAAAAAUUGCUCCACUCAAAGUUAAGUUUAUUAUGUACUCCACUGUCUUACACAGUUUUGAAUAGAUUUAAUAAACAUUUUUACCAGUAGCA